UUUUCAUCUGCAGCUUCACAUCUAGGACACAGAGCUGAGAUCGGGAAGAGAGAUGGAUGUCUACAGAAGGAGGUGCUUAUGUCGGAAGAUCUCCUUUACAAUGUGUCUGAUCGGGAUAAGAAUAG